AUGAUAACUCUAUUAUUUUUAUUGUUUGUUGUUAAAAUUGUUUAUAGUUACAAUGAUUAUCCAUCGCUUAUAACUUCAAAUGCAACAAUGGCUGUUGUUAUAGAAAAAAGUUUUCUAAAAGAUGACGGUCAUCAUCAAAACGUUUCGACAAAAAUUGCCGAUACAAUAAAUGGUGUUAUAAAUAAAUGGAUGAAAGUUGGUGGAAUUGAUGUAAAAGUUUAUUCAUUAUCAAGAUUUACUCUUGGACGAGAUUUCACGAUAUUAUUGUCAAUCGCCUCUUGUCAAUGGACGUGGGUAUUAUUUAAGCAAGCAAAAAAAGAUGGACUUGUACAUAUUGCCAUUACAGGUUCCGAUUGUCCACGAUUGCCAGAUCAGGAAGGUAUUAGCAUACCUCUCAUAAAUCCUGGACAGGAGUUACCUCAAUUAUUCUUGGACUUAAGAGUUUCCGGUGCCCUAUCGUGGAACAAAAUUAACAUUCUUUAUGACACUUCUUUUCAAAGGGACACAAUCAGUAAAGUAUUAAAAUCUUUGUCGAUACAAUUGCCCAACAAGAAAAUAAAGCAAGCAUCGAGAUCUUUAUUUGCAAUAAAAUAUGAUAAAGAUGAGAUUGCCCUGAGGAAACAAAUUACUGAAACAUUAAGUGAUUUUGAAUUUGAAAAAUUGGGAUAUUGUUUUAUGGCUAUUGUUAAAGUUGAUAUGGUGAUACCAUUAAUUGAAGUGGCAAGGUCAAUGAAAAUGGUUCAUCCUGGUAAUCAGUGGCUCUUCAUAUUGAGCGAUGUAUCGAGACGUAAAACAAAUAUAACAGCUUUAGCGCAAAGAUUAAUUGAGGGCGAAAAUGUCGCCUUUAUUUAUAAUCAUACGAAGUUUGAUCCUUCUUGUGAAUCAGGUUUAUUUUGUCACCUGAAAGAAUUGACAAAAGCCUUAUCGUUUGCGCUGGAAAUCUCCUAUAAAAGUGAAUUAGAUUUAUUCUCAAGAGUAACUGACGAGGAAUUUGAAGUUCUCAGAUUAACGAAGGAAGAAAGAGUACAGGAAAUUAUUGAAAACAUAAAUAAAGCCCUGAAUGCAGAGAGAUCGACAUCCGAUGGUAAUUGCGGUAAAUGCUUGACUUGGAGUAUUGGAUCCGCGAUAACUUGGGGAAAUUCGUUUGAUUCCACUCUGGCAGGAAGGGGACAAUUAAUUCCCUCCGGGUCGUGGUCUCCAGGUCCGGGAUCUAAUUUAUCAGAUUCUGUAUUCCCACAUAUUGAUUAUGGCUUUCGAGGUAAAACCCUGCCAAUCAUCACCUAUCAUAAUCCACCGUGGCAGAUUGUUCAAUAUUCAAAAAAUGGUGUACCAAAUUAUGAGGGUUUAACUUUCGACAUUAUCGAUGAAUUGAGUAAAAAAUUAAAUUUUUCAUAUCAAGUGAUAUUGGCGACAAAUAAUACGGGUGUCUCAAAAGCAGUCGACAAUGCACCACGCUCAUUGGUUUCAAAAAGGUUGUCAGAUAAUUUAAGUUACGAGGGAAGUGGAAUGUCAGUGGGUCAGAAAUUACCGGAAAGUGUUUUGGAAAUGACGAGAAACAAUAAAGUAUUCUUUGCUGCUUGCAUAUACACUGUCUAUGAAAAUAAGAAGAAAAUUAUUAAUUAUACAAUACCAAUUUCAGUACAAACUUAUACAUUGUUGGCACCAAAGCCAAAAAUACUGUCUCGAGCAUUGUUGUUCAUUGCUCCAUUUACAGGAGAAACCUGGGCCGUUUUGAGUUCAACAAUAAUAAUAAUGGGACUAAUUUUAUACCUGAUGAAUAAAUUGAGUCCAAAACCGGCGAUUAGCGCACAAAAGGUUGUUGGUCUUAACACUCCAUAUCAAUGUGUGUGGUACGUCUAUGGAGCUCUUCUUCAACAAGGUGGAAUGCAUUUGCCACAAGAGGACAGCUCUCGUCUAAUUGUUGGAACUUGGUGGUUGGGUGUAAUGGUUCUUGUGGCCACUUAUUCCGGAAGUUUAGUGGCAUUUCUCACAUUUCCAAGAAUGGACAACACUGUUACGACAAUUGACGAUCUUCUCGAGAGAAACGCAGAAUUCACCUGGGGCUUUCCGAAUGGUAGCUUUCUCGAGGAUUACCUUGAAAAUACUGAGGAAUCAAAAUAUCUGGAACUACUUUCAAAAGCUGAGCGACACAUUUCAACGAGUGAUAUGAAUAUUGUCAGUCGUGUUCAAGAUGGAACUCAUGUUUUAAUUGAUUGGAAAUCAUCAUUGAAAUAUCUCAUGAGAAAAGAUCUCACUGAAACGGGACGUUGUCAUUUUUCCCUUAGUAGUGAGGAUUUUAUCAGUGAACCAAUUGCCAUGAUGAUUAGCAAGGACAGUCCUUAUUUGACAAUGAUUAACAGAGAAUUGAAACGAAUGCAUGAAACGGGAUUAAUCGACAAAUGGAUUCUCGAAAGGAUGCCAUUAAAAGAUGAGUGCUGGGAGAGCGGUGCAAAUAAUCAAGAAGCUGAUAAUCAUAAAGUUAAUAUGGGCGAUAUGCAGGGAAUAUUUUUCGUCCUUGCCAUUGGAUUUAUAAUGGCAGCAAUAUUAAUUAGCUGUGAAUUUGGUUGGCAUAAAAAAGAAGAGGCACAUGAACGUAAACUGAUUCGUCCUUUCGUUACUUAAUGCUUUGUAACUAAUUAUUACAAUUAACAAUUUAUUGGAG